GACUUAAAUUGUUGGUUUUAAUCUACUUUAUGCUGGUUUAUAGACAGUGGUUGUUCCCAUGUAUGAAGUAUUUGUCCUAUAUUCAUCAAGAGAGUCGUGCAGCCACGCCUCUGCCACAGAUGUUCUCCUAAUUCACUGCACUGUUGACGGAUGGAUGAUGGAUAGAUGGAUGGUUGGAUGAAUGGAUGAGAGACCAGAGAGAGUUCAUACCUGCCAAGAGCUGGAGACUGCUGCUUUCUGCGAGUACAAUAAUCUGAAUAACAGCUUUUACUGGCUGGAAUGUAUUGACCGGGUUCAAAUUUAGCAACUCGGUCCUAAAGCUUCCCUCCCUCCCCCCAUCACCUCCCAGUCUCCCUCCUCUUCCUCCCUCCCUCUUUUCUCUCUGUCAUCCCUGAUUUCAUCUCUGCUGUGCUGUGCGGUCAGUCCGCUUCCAGCUGAUGAGCGUAUUGGCAGCUGCAUCAUUCCACCCUGCUGAGUUAUUGGGAUUUGUUUGCUACUUUUCCUGCUUUGUAUUGAAGCUGUCCCCGCAGCUGUACAUGCACUUCUAUGUGUGUGUGUGUGUGUGUUAUCGGGUGUAAUUGUUAUUGACUGACUGUAUUGUGGUUUAUUUAUUUUUUUAAUAUUGAUAGAGGGUUUUUGUUUUUUUGCUCCACCUCCCAGGGCGAGGGAAGCCAGAGAGGAUGUUCUCAUCUUCAUCCAGAAACUCUCUGUUCUCGCCCUGGACGUCCAUGGAGCAGUCGGACUCUGAAGCGUUGGACAUCAGCACCAAAGUGCAGCUGCACGGCGUGCUGUGGAAGAGGCCCUUCGGACGGCCGUCAGCCAAGUGGUCCCGCAGAUUCUUCAUCAUCAAAGACAGCUUCUUGCUCUACUAUGCAGAGAGCGAGAAGAGAAACUUUGAGACCAACAGGUUCUUCAACAUCCACCCCAAGGGAGUUAUUCCUUUGGGAGGAUGUGUGGUGACAGCUAAUGAAGACAUGGGGAUGCCCUUUGCCAUUGUGAUCAACCUGGAAGAUUUCACUGGAACCAUAGUCCUGGCCGCUGAGUCUGAGGAGGAGCAGAUCCAGUGGAUGGAGAUGCUCCAGGAAUCAGGGAAAGUCACGUGGAAGAACGCCCAGCUGGGGGAGGCCAUGAUCGAGAGUCUGGAGGCUCAGGGGCUGCAGCUGGCGAAGGAGAAGCAGGAAUAUCUGGAUAAACUGAUGGAAGAGACAGAGGAGCUUACUCAUCAAAGGGCGCAGAGAGAGGAGUUGGAGCGUCUGAACCAGGUUCUAGAGGAGGAGAAGAUGAAGUUUGAGGAGGUGGUGCUGGAGCUGAAGGCAGAACAGGAGCAAAUCAAACUCGACCUGGACGGCACAGCUCAGUCCCUGAAGGGUGUGGAGAGUGAAAAAGAAGAACUGAGCAGCUUAACGGUCAUGCUGCAGAAAUCCAUUGAGGAGCUCUCGCAGGAGAAGCAGCGAACCCUCAAGCUGCUGGGAGUGAAGGAGCAGGGGGAGAAGGAGGCGGCGGAGGAGGAGGAGAGCUCAGAGUCGACCCGAGGGAAGUCUGAGGAUGUUGAGGAGCUCGGAGACGGGAGUCUGCUGCGGGACCUGCGACACAUUGAGGAGCAGAUGAAGAUCCUGCUGAAGGAGAAGGAGCAGGCUGAUGAGAAGCUCCAGGAGAACGAGCAGCGGGCUAAAGUCCUGCAGCAGGAGAGGGAGUAUUACUCGUCUCAGGCCAGGACACUGCAGCAGUCGCUCUCUCAGCUCACUGUGGACAAGCAGCAGACCGAAGCUGAGCUCAAGGCGGAGAUAGAGUCUCGGGUGGAGCUGGAGAAGAGGCUGAAGCAGGCUGAAGAGGCUCUGCAGGACCUGGAGAAAGGCCUAAACUCACUGGAACGAACCAAAGAGAGAGAUGAGGAGAUGAAGGGGGAUGUGACUCAGCUGAGGAGGUUCUUUGAGGAGUGUAUCUGUGCAGCAGAGAUCGAGGCGAAGCUUCCGGCGAUAAUGAAGAACGCUGUGUAUCUCCACAAAGCUGCUGCUCGCAGAAUCAAAUCAUGCCGAAUCCAGAGGAGAGCCUCCAGACGCCACUGGCUGAAACACUCAAAGUCCUUCGCUGUAGCCAACGCUGACAGCAGCAACAUGGAGGAUCUGAGGGAGACGGCCCGACGACUGACCUCUGACAGCAACUUCAGAGAGAGCGUGUACAAGAUCAUCACUCGCAAGGACGCCACAAACAAAACGGAGGACUGAGAGGAGAGAGAGCGAGGUAACGGAGGACAAACAGUUCUUAGCUUUACCUCAGUUCACACAGAGUGACGUAGAGAUUCUGAUCCCUAACCCACUCAUUAAAAUAUUGUAGACGAAUGUAAACAGACAUCAGUUUGAAGGAAUCUCUGGUUACAAACUAAAGUUAUUACAAAUUUUAGUUAAUUUUAAUUUAAAGUUAACAGACACUGACCAAACCCAUCAUAAACCCAACAGCACUCGCUCUGUGUUCCAUCAUGGACUGGUUUGUUCCAGAACUAAAAGUCAUAUUUGACCCUCUUAUUUUUGUUUCUGUUACAUCAGAAAAACUAAAGAUUAGAAAAAGUAGAGCACAUGGAAACAACAGAGUCAACCUCUGAUGUUUAAGUUGAAUGUAAAAGUGUGUUCAAGGUUAUGUAAGGUUUAAAAAUAAAUUCUUAUAUGUGAGUUGAUUUAUUCAAAAUAUAUUUAUCAUAUUUAUUUAUUUUAUGUCCAAUUAUUAAAUACUAAUGAAAUCAGCCAUUUUGUGACAAUUUGCAGCAGUGACCGUCAGCUCUUAGCUCUUCUCACUUCCUUUCUUGGUCCCUUGGAAAAGUUCAAGUGGAAAUGCCUAAAAACGUACUGAGUUUUAGUUCCUGUGCUUCUGUAGUUCCUGGAACUGUUUGGCUAAAAAAUGCUGCAAGAAACCUUCAGAUUCUACUUAGCCAAAGACUGAUAAUAAUGUUAACUGAGAUCCAUUGUAUUACAGUAGUGUCCUAAUCAAACUACUGAAUAUUUUAAUAACACCUGGAACAUUUGCAGUGGUGGAAAACUACAAGGUACAUUCACUCAAGUACUGUACUUAAGUAUAAUUUUGAAGUUACUUGUUCUUUACUUGAGUGACUUGUUGGGGCUCCUUCACAUCUUUAAGAUGUUGACGAGUUGUUGCCCAUUAAACCAAAAUGAGAUUUCCCCUUUAAACUUUUUGUUGGUUUAAUUUAAAUACUUGAAGUUCAGAAUGAAAGGAAAAAUAACACGAAUUCCUUCUUUCCUACCCCUCUGAUUUAUCUGGUGACGCUCUGGAGGGGCCCAGCUACUAGACUGGGAACCACUGGGUUAAAAUAACCACCUGUAUUUAAAGUGUAUUUAAACCAGCUCUACCUUGAGGAAAACUUUUCUUACAAAUUGAUAGCACAAAUAAAAAUUGUACUUUUACUUAAGUGAACAAUACAGGUACUUCUUCCACCACUGAACAUUUGGGGCUCCACCAGCUAAGAUCAUUCUAUGGAAGUCCAUUUCUGCCAAUGUGAUGAAAAGAAAAAAAGAUGCUGUAAGUCAUUGUAAUGAGAAACUUACUUUAGGAAAGUUUCUCCUUCAUUACACUGAGUUUCUUAUUACAGUGACUUACAGGAUGUUUUUCAUCACAUUGGCAGAAAUGGGUUUCCAUACCAUAGUGUACUUUUGUUACUUGACAUUAAUAAACUCUGUAACACAUGAUGAGAUUAUACUGUAGA